AUGGUUACUCAAAGGAAGGGUCGCUAUGUUGCGACCGGCGUGACAGCCAAAAGGAAGGCCAGGACGGAGAAAGCGAACUUGACCAACAUUCUGCGAGCAAAGGAGGCGGCUCUCGCUGCCCGCGAAGUAGCUGUCGCUGCUCGCGAGGCCGCGGUGUCAGAGGCAGAGGAGGCGGCGAAUUAAAAGAAACAGCAGCAAGAACCCGAUGUGGACACCCGCACGCCCCAGGAAGAGGCUCGGGAGGAAGAUGCUGCCAAGCAGCGUGACGUCUUGGCCCACAGGACAGGCUCGCUUCUGGACAAAUCGCACUCUCGCAUCAUUCUCCUCACGUACUUCGAGCUCGUGCAGGCAGGCGUCGAGCCCAACAAGGCUAGUCACAGGACCGCCUCAACUCUUCGCGUGGGCAAGGACAAGGUGUUCAAGGU